AUGGACAGCUCUCCCGCCUCGCCUUUGGCCCCCAGGGAUCCCAGCUCCCCUGAAUCUUCGAUCGGCGAACAAAUCGCCACUCUACAGGCCCAGCUUGCCGCUCUGCAGGCCUCGCAACCCGCCGCCGCCGCAGCCGCCGCACCCCCGGCCGUCACCGUCGUGCCGGGGAACGCCGCCACCGCAUCCAAGGUCGUGUUUCCCAAGCACGCUCGUCUGGACGGCCCCAAGUCGUUCACCAACUGGUUGCGUCAACUCCGUCUUGCACUCCCGAACCAGGUUCGUGGUUACGUUCUCGACGGUGUCGUUCCCCCGACCUGGACCGCCGACCAGCUUGCCGCACGUGACGACGCCGCCCGGGAAAUCAUCGUUGGCUCUAUCGACUCCGCCGACGUAUCGGCCACCCUCGACGCCAUCCCCAGCGACGACCUGUCGGCACCGCGCAUCUUUGCCGCUCUCAAGGCUCGUUUUGCACCGGACGACGCUACACGCACUCUCGAUUCGCUCCCUUUUUUGCGCUGCUCUCCCUUCCAUACCAUACGCGAGUAA